GCAGGUCGUAAUGCGCAUCGCGGGUAAUGCGUUAGGUGAUUUGUUGUGUUGUAACAGUGUACCACAGUGUACUCUCGAGUCUUUCCGUGUCGUCGGUUGUCGUCGUCGUCGUCGUCAUAGUCAUAGACGUCGCCAACUGUGUGUCAAAGCGAUCUUGUCGGAUAUAAUCGUCGAGAAAAAGCGUGUAGCAGCAAACGUGAGUAACGCGAGCGAAUCGAGAAUAGAACGUCCUCGCAAACGGGGACAAUGAAGUUUCAGUACAAAGAGGAACAUCCUUUCGAGAAAAGAAAGGCCGAGGGCGAGAAGAUACGUCGGAAAUAUCCGGAUCGAGUGCCUGUGAUAGUUGAGAAGGCGCCUAAAGCUAAGAUCAGUGAUUUGGACAAGCAGAAAUACUUGGUACCUUCUGAUUUGACUGUCGGUCAAUUUUACUUUUUAAUUCGUAAAAGGAUUCACUUGCGUCCUGAAGAUGCUCUGUUUUUCUUUGUCAACAACAUCAUUCCACCAACAAGUGCCACCAUGGGCUCUCUUUAUGCGGAACAUCAUGAAGAGGAUUUCUUCCUAUAUAUAGCAUACAGCGAUGAAAAUGUAUAUGGUCAUUAAAUUUCUUGACUUGAGCAAAUUGCCAAAACAACUGAGGAUACAGCAACAACAAUCUACCACUCAACAAUUCAACAACGUAGUCCUCAUAGACGCUUUCAAAAAACAAAAAAAACCGUGUAUACAAAAUUAUAUCUAUCGACACUCUAUUGUGUAAAAUUUUAUGUCUUGACGUUGCACACUGUUUGCUUCCCCUUCACCUAAAUUACAUUUGUUCUUUACUGAUGUGAACACGCUUCUUGUAAAUUUCAUUCUUUCUACAUGUACUAAUGAAAGAGGACUUGGUUUAUUAUAGAACCAUAAGAAGGACUAUAUUCUGCGUAAAGAAAUUUACGUGACAUUACGAUCAUGUGUAAUAAUAUUUGGCCAUCCAUUAAACAAACAAAAACAGAGUUAAUUAAAUUUAAAAAAAUGUAUUGUCAGACGUCGUUAAUACUUUUGUUUCGCUACAUAUAUAUUAUUAAUUUUACGUCAAAGGAAACUGCACUUCAUCAUCAAUGUUUUCUGAAGUAAUAGUAGUAAUGUCAUACUAUAAAUUGUCAUAUUAUAAAUUGGACAUGUGGUAUAUAAACAACACAAAUCCUACGUGAUAUCAUUUACAUCAAUUUAGAUUAGUGUUAAUAUAAUAUGUACAUGAUUUUACCGUUAAUCGAGUUUUGAAAAAAUGAAGAGAAAUUGGGUGUGUGCGAGCAACUUGGAAAAUUUUCUGUAAACGGCUGGAGAAGAUGUAAGGCCAAUAAAAAAAAUAUCAAAACGCGAUAAAAAAA